AUGCCUGAUAAAUCAACUGUUCGUGUUGCUGUCACCCAGCAUGAGCCUGAAUGGCUGGACCUUCAGAAAUCCGUCGAGAAGACUUGCAAGAUCAUAGAAGAAGCUGCCGUCGGAGGAGCAGAACUCGUCACCUUUGCUGAAGCCUUCAUUCCUGGCUACCCAGCUUGGAUAUGGACACGUCCUUUGGAUCCUAUGCUGUCCACCCAAUACAUCCAAAACUCUCUUGCCGUCGAUUCAGACGAGAUGAGAAAGAUUCAAGACUGCGCAGCUCGCAACAAGAUUGUUGUUUCGCUUGGUUUCUCCGAGAAUGACAACAAUUCCGUCUAUAUCGCUCAAGCGCUGAUAGACUCGGAUGGCGCGAUGCUGAUGAAUCGUCGCAAGCUCAAGGCAACACACAUGGAGCGAACAAUCUUCGGUGACGCUUCAGGCGACAGUCUGUUGAAUGUUUCAAAGACGAGCAUAGGCAGGAAAGUCGGUACUCUAGCCUGCUGGGAGCAUGCACAACCGCUGUUGAAAUUCAACACAAUCUCCCAGAAGGAGGAAAUUCAUUGUGCUGCUUGGCCGCCAAUUGUACCUCAUCAGGGAGGUCCUGAUCUUUGGUCUUUGUCCAAAGAAGGUUGCCAGAGUCUAUCCCAGGUCUACGCAAUCGAAUCGCAAACUUUCGUUCUCCACGCCACGACCGUUAUCACGGAGAAAGGUAUCGAGACCAUGUCGACAGAAGCGGGUCUCUUGAUGAACAGUCCCGGAGGAGGAGCAUCCGCCAUCUUCGGUCCUGAUGGUAGAUUGUUAACUGCUCCUCUGGAUUCUGCCACUGAAGGCUUGAUAUUCGCUGACCUUGACUUCACUGCUGCAAUCUUUGCCAAGAGCUUCUUGGAUAUCUGCGGGCAUUACAGUCGGCCGGACCUGCUGUGGCUGGGUUGUGAUACCAAGAAGAAACUUCCUAGAGUUGACUCUGAUGAGUGA